UCUAGCCCGGAAGCGGACUGGUAGCCAAUAAAGCUGAUGCAGGAUGGCCGUAAUACUCGUGAAGCGACUUGCACCCAUGAGCAUCCUUGUGGCAGCAUUCUGAACCACCUGAAGCUUCUGAACAGUCUUCAAGGGCAGCCCCACGUUCAUUCCAUUUGGGUGGCAUCCUUCAAAAUUAAUUAGUUAUUUCGCAAGCAACCUUUACCCCCAUAUUUUCUGAACAAUGCAUCAAUAAAGAUUAGGUAAUAAGAGAGCAAAGAGUGAAGGAAAGGUGUGGCGAGGAAUCAUCCUUCAAUCCUCUACCUCAUUGUAGAUAUACCACCAAGCCCUCUUGAACACAGUGGGACAUAGUGACCCAUAGGAUUGUGUUACUAAAGUUAUAGUCCUUGUAUUAACAUUAGAGCUCAUCAUUGGAUCAGAUCAGAAAAGAGUCAGCGUGGUGCAGUGGUUGGAGUGUUGGGCUAGGUCCAGGCAGACCCGAGUUCAAAUCUCCAAUCAGCUAUGAAACUCACUGCUUGACUUCGGACCAGUCGCUUAUCUCUCAGCCUAACAUACAAGGUUGUUGUGAGGAUAAACAUGUACACUGCUCUGGGCUCCUCAGAGGAGAAGCAGAAUAUAAAAGUAUAAGCACAUAAAAGUAACAUUGAAGCUUCCAGGCCGGGUUUGGUCCCAGGGAUUCAGCACCUUGGACAGGAGUCCUUGGCGGUGGAACCUGAUGGAAGUGCCUGAAACGGGCAUAGAGAAUCGAGUGCCUUUGCCACGGGGAGGUGUGGCAAGAUUAAAUUGGCAAGUUACCAAUAUAUAACAUCUCCUGCUCUGGUUCCCCUGGGAAGCUGUGGCACCGAGAGCUUAUUUAUGGAAAGAGCAGGCCAUUUCUUGUUGGAGUUGUGUAGAGCGGUAUGCUCAGUAAAAUUUGAAGUGCUGUCAUAAAUUACCGUUUGGCUGAGCAUGCCCUGGAUAGCAAGCGAAUGUAAUUGUUCUACCUGCCCCUCCCAAGCCAACCGUGGCUUUCGCUCCAGAUGUCUGGCUGACAAAACAGAAAGGGCUGCUGUAAGAAGCCAAGUGGGUCCGUCUCGAUCGAGGGACGCCACCGGCGCCUUUCUUCCGGUGCCACCAGUACUCUGGUUCCUCAGCGAUCCGUGUGUGCACAGAGCAUCGCGGCCUCGUGGGUCAUGCACCAGAACCCAAGCAACAAACACAUCACUGGGGUUGUAAUCUGCCAAGAAUUUGUAAUGCCAUUGCAAGCUGAAUAGGUGGGAAGAGCAAAUGUGGACUCAGUUGAUUUGCUAUUUAAAACAACCCUGCAACAACCUCUUAAUCUGUUUAGGGACUGAGUGACCCGUUAAAAUGCCAUAUCUUUCCCUACAAGUCCCAGAGAGAGAGAGAAAUGUUUGCCGGACCUCUUUGGCAAAAGCUUGUCCUCACUUUCUAAUCCUCCCCCCAGCCAAUUCAUCCUCUUUCAUUCUAUGUGGGGAACUCUGUGGCUAUUGAAUGGGAGAGAUUAAGGCUGAUUGCCUUUCAGUAUUUAUGCUUUGCUGUAUUGGACAUUUAAUCAGCAAACUGUUCCCUCUCCCUGCAUUUUCUCCUACUGCCCCUGAAAGAAGUGUAGUCAAGAAUUCCGAAAGCCUCUCUCUCUCCCUCUCUCCAUUCUGCUCUUAGAAAGAGCCGCUUGUUCAGAACUAUAUAUCUAUAGCUCUUGUUCAGAACUAUAUCUAUUUUAAUAUUUUACCUUCUGCCUUUCCCUGUUUAAAUAAUGAUGACUCAAGGUGAUUCACACCAUGAGAUGGCCUUUUAAAAAAAUCCCAUCACAAUAAAAAUGAUAUAAAUGCAGCCAUUUGAAAACAGCAGCCGUUUAUUUAUUGUGGCUGAGGAUGAUGGGAAUUGUAAUCCAAAAGCAUUUGAGGGCCCAGGGUUGACUCUUAAGGAUCCCAGGAUGGUGCUUUCUUCAUAUUAUCUGCAUGAUGCAGUAUGUUAGCCUGAGACAGAGAGAGAGAGAGAGAGAUUGAGUGAGAGUGUGUUACUUGCCAAAGGUAAUUGCUGAGUUUUGUGGAGGAGGAAGGAUUUGAACUCAGGUCUCCAGGGCCAGAGUUCUGCAUGCUAGUCUCUGCAGACUGGUAAUGCAAAGUGGUUAGUUAUGGUACCCGAGAAGAAAGUGGACACUGUGCCAAUCAGAGAGGUACAACUGAAAUGAAAUUUUCUCCGUACUGGGUAUAUCACAGUUUCUCAAAUUUGGGUCCUCAGAUGUUGUUGACUACAACUCCCAACAUCCCCUGCUCCGAUGGCCUUCAGGUAUAUGUGCAGCUCCCUCUGCUGGCAGCCCAAGCAAGAAGACUGGUAAUAGGAAACGGAUAUGUGAGGACCUUAAUUGAAGUGGAAGGAACCCAAAGCCACCAGGCUCUCCAGGUUAAUAAGAGGUCAUGCCUGGCGGAGCUGCACAGCGACCACACCACCAGGGACAGACUGAAGAAGAUUUUGGGUCCUAGACUUCCACCCAGAAGCCCAGGGUUAAGAGCUCCUCUGGCCAUGAUAACUUGAGCCACUGCAUCUGAAUCUGCCAAGGACUGUUGGACAGCAAAUGAGAACUCGGGACCCCUGCAGCUGGCCGCACCAUCUGGACCCUCGGCAGUACCGCCAGAUCAAAAAGCUUGGCCGUGCCAAGUUCAUCGCGGCAGACGGAGGCUUGGAAGAAAUGCCCAUUUGGGCAAAGGGCUGUGCACCUCCUCUUGCUCUUGGUCAGCGUCCCACACUUAUGUUUUUGGCCCACUUGGACUGAGAGCCAGUUCACCCUGGGUCCUGGCACCAAACUGGAUGAAACCCAAGUCUUUCCAAGACCUGACAUGCGUCCAGGCUCACCGAGACGGCGGAAGAGCGAGUCUCUCUCUCGAUGGCGAGCAGAUGAAUCCCUGCCUGGAUUUCUCCCUGAGAAUCCGUGUUCCUCUGAAAGCGGUGUCACAUUAGCAUUGACAUUUAAAGGUCUGCCGCUUCCAUCACAUCGCAUUAGGGUGGCGGGACCCGAUCGGUCUCCUCAGCCACGGCACUUAUGAGUUUGCAGCUGAGUUCUUGGGGUCAAGAAGCAAUGGAUCUGACUCACCUGGGGAAGUUUCAAAACUGAAAUGGCAACAAUCAGAAAUUAAGAAGGAGAAGGAGAAGAAAGAAGAGGAAGAGGAAGAAGAAGUGUCUGUUAAAAGCUUGAGGGACACUUGUCUGCUGGCUGCACCAAGAGAGAACCACUAGCUAGGCUCCUUGUAAGGCAAUGCCGCACGCCAGUUGACCCUGCCACCUUCUGGGGCGCUGAAUUCUUAAACCACAGAGUUGGCGACGAGGAGGCUGUGGACACACCGGCAUCGUUUCCAAGCAAGCGGGGAGGACCCAGAAUUUGGAUCUUCAUCAGUGCAGGUCGUGGAGAUGCCGUAUAAUUUUUCCUAUGAUUACGAUGAUUACUAUGCUGAAAAUUUCACCACUGAAGAAAGCCACGAUGACAAACCAACCUACGACUUCAGGGCCUUCGCUCGAAUCCUCACCGUUAUCGUCUAUAGCGUCACUUGCCUCCUUGGAUUACUGGGAAAUGGCUUGGUCAUCGCCGUCAUCACAUUCAAGAUGAAAAAGUCGGUCAAUGCGAUCUGGUUCCUCAACUUAGCAGCUGCCGACUUUCUUUUCAACGUCUUCCUGCCCUUAACCAUCACCUAUACAGCCAUGGACUACCACUGGGUGUUUGGCAGAGCCAUGUGCAAAAUCAACUCUAUGGUGCUCAUUCUCAACAUGUACACCAGCGUGUUCCUGUUGACGAUCAUCAGCAUUGACCGCUGCCUCUUGGUGGUUUUCCCAGUCUGGUCCCAAAACCACCGGAACCCUAAGAUGGCCUGCCUGCUGUGCGUCUUUAUUUGGGCUCUCGGAUUUUUAAUGAGUUCUCCUUCUCUUGUUUUCCGGGACACGACAAUGCAUAGAAACCUUCAAACGCAUGAAUACAUUGUCUCUUGUUUUAACAAUUACUCCUUGUCCAAUUCUCAAUUUCAUCACCAGGGUGAAAUGGCGCAAACUGUGGUUACCAUUGUCCGGUUCUUGGUCGGUUUCGUCGUGCCAAUGAGCAUUAUCACCAUAUGUUACGCAACCAUCCUUUGCCGACUGCAAAGGAGUCGGUUUGCUAAGUCCAAAAAGCUCUUAAAAAUCAUCAUCAUCAUUAUCACGACCUUUUUCUUGUGCUGGUGUCCCUACCACGUGUUUCAUCUCCUAGAAAUACAACACCGCAAAUUCCCACGCCAGCUGUUUGCGAUUGGAAUGCCGCUUGUCACGGCCGUGGCUGUUUCCAACAGCUGUAUGAACCCAGUCCUUUAUGUCUUCAUAGGACAGGAUUUUAAAAAGUUUAAGUUGAGCAUCCUGUACAGGCUGGUCAAUGCUCUUAGUGAGGAUUCCACACGCUCAACUAUCUCCCGCAGGAACACUGGGAAAAUAUCUUCGGUAACUGAAAAGGAGUCUAUUUUGCUCUGAGCUCUGGAAUGUGGAUGCAGAUAACAAUCUACUGAUCUGCCCAAAGAGAAGAUUUAAUGAGAUGGUUUCCACCUAGGAUCCAACACUCCCAAUGGGUUUCUCAUUCAUUGGUUCCAAAAGAGACAUGACUUUGUUGUAACAAAUCUGGGCAUUGGUGGUAACAAGAUGAGAUUUGGAGAGCUGAUUUAUUAUUAUUAUCUAUAUGUAUAAUUCUCUUAGGCAUACCCGCCGCUAAUCACAUGUGUGGCAUCUCUCGCGAGAGUUCGUGAGCGAGGGGAGGGGGAGAGGAAAGUGAUCGCCGCGGGGAACAUAAGGCCAAUGGACAGGCCAGAGAACGGGCGGGCAGACAGGCGGGCGGGCGGGCAGGGA